AUGGCCGUCUCCCUGAAGCUCAUCGCGCUUCCUUUACUGCUAUCCCUCCUCGUUUGCGCCUCCCAGGCGCAGCUCUCCGCCAACUUCUACUCCCGUAGCUGCCCGAACCUGAAGGGGAUCGUCCGCGGGGCCAUGACCCAGGCCGUCAGACGGGAGCCGAGGAUCGGUGCCUCCAUCGUUCGACUCCUCUUCCACGACUGCUUCGUUAAUGUCCGUGACGUCCACAUCAUCAUCUUCUUCUUCUUCUUCUGCUUCACCUGUUGACGUGUUUGAUGAAACCCUACCAGGGCUGCGACGCGUCCAUCCUUCUGGACGACACGUCGACGUUCACCGGAGAGAAGACCGCACGGCCGAACAGCAACUCCGUUCGGGGCUUCAACGUCAUCGACGACAUUAAAACCCGCGUCGAAGCAGCCUGCCCCUCCACCGUCUCCUGUGCCGACAUCCUCGCCCUCGCCGCGCGCGACGGAGUGGCCCUGGUCUGCGCCAUUCCUCUUCUUCCCCACAGAACCCUAGCAGAGUCUCCUUCUUUCCUAAGCACUCAGAAGACAACUCUCUCAUCUCCUGUGGCUCGGUGCAGCUUGGGGGACCGUCGUGGACUGUGACGUUCGGCCGAAGAGACGCGAGGACGGCGAGCCUCAGCGACGCCAACAGCCAGAUCCCGCCGCCUUUUGCCAGCCUCUCCACCCUCAUCUCCUCCUUCUCCGCGAAGGGACUCAGCGCGGGGGAGAUGACCACCCUCUCCGGCGCUCACACCAUCGGCCAAGCUCGCUGCACCACCUUCCGUUCCCGCAUCUAUAACGACACCAACAUCAACGGCCCCUUCGCCGCCAGACUCCGCGCCAACUGCCCCCUCUCCGGCGGGGACAACAACUUGGCCCCUCUGGACCUACAGAGCCCCAAUGGAUUCGGCAACAGCUACUACCAGAACCUCCUGACCCAGAGGGGUCUUCUCCACUCCGACCAGGAGCUCUUCAAUGGCGGCUCGCAGGACGCGCUGGUCCGCCGCUACAGCGCCAACAACGGCCUCUUCUCCCGCGACUUCGCGGCGGCCAUGGUGAAGAUGAGCGCCAUCAGCCCGUUGACCGGCACCAACGGAGAGAUCCGGACAAACUGCAGAAGGGUCAACUGA